AUGUUUGGAUCAUUUUUUGCAGUUCUGAAGCUGUAUAUGGUGUUUAUCGGUCUGUACUGCUGGUCAUACAAGAGGUUGGAGGACCACAAUGUAUCGGUGUAUAACAAUCUGAUAGGGACGAAUCGCCACACAUCACUUACAAUUGUGAUUGCGCAUCCAGAUGAUGAAGUGAUGUUUUUCGCGCCCACGUUGCUGCAGUUGGAUAACCUUAUGGAUAGUUCAAUACCUUUUAAAGUUAUUUGUUUGACUGACGGUGAUUCUGAUGGACUCGGUGCGAUUAGAAGAACAGAGUUGAAAAAGGCUCUUCAGGUUCUGGUGCUGAACCACAGGGUGGUUCUUGAGGUCGGGGAUCUUACAGAUGGUAUGGAAAUUGAGUGGGAGAAAGAGUCGGUCAGGACAAUGCUUCGCGGGUAUAUAAAGGACAGUAAUCCGUUGAUACUGACCUUUGACGAGCGUGGGGUCUCUGGACACAAGAACCAUAUUGCAUGUGCCAAUGCGAUAAAUGACUUGGCAUAUAAGCAGCUUCAUCUAAAGACCGGAAAGAACAUUUUACGGAAGUACUCUGGUUUCAUUGUUGAUCUCGUGCGCUUAUUGCUUGGUUAUCCGUUGGAUACGGUCUUCAUCAGCACGGCAUUACAGUACUUGCAUUCACUUGUCGCGAUGCUGGUAGGACACAAAUCGCAAAUGGUCUGGUUUCGGUGGGGUUGGUGGGUACUAAGUAGGUAUGUUUUUGCAAACGAAUAUUGA